GGUUUUUUGGUUAGAACGGUUGGAUCAAACAGGUGCCCCGUUUCGCGUGAUUUUGCGACAAUUUCCUCCCUUUUUUAAAUAGUUUUCUGACCUGCUAGUGUUAUAUUUAUAAUUUAAACUUAUUGCUAAGUAAUACGUUAGUUUGGAUGUUGUUGAAAAAAAGGGUUGAAGCCAAUAUUUGCGAAUAUUGUUUUGGCUGUGACGCUAUGCAUUUCUGAGUGUAGCGUGGUGUUUUGCACCAAAAAAAAAAGGAUUUGUAAAACUUUGGCGUCUUCAAAGACUUUUAGGAAUUUCCUCAGAGAAUCAAAAUGGGGGACGAUUUAAUUCGUGUGGCUGUUCGGAUAAGGCCACUUGUCCCAUCAGAAAUAGAGAAAGGAUGCCAAGAAUGCCUUAAUGUAGUUCCUGGCGAACACCAAAUUCAAAUAAGACCCACCGACAAAGCAUUCACUUUCAAUUACGUUUUUGAUUCAGACAUUGGGCAAGCUGAAUUUUAUGAGACUGCAAUUCAAAAAAUGAUCACCCACAUAUUUCAAGGCUACAAUGUAACUAUCCUCGCCUAUGGCCAAACGGGAAGUGGUAAGACCCAUUCGAUGGGUACCAACUAUUCCGAAACGAGUGAAAAUAUUGGCGUGAUUCCUCGUGCAGUAGAUGAUAUAUUCCAAACCAUAAAAUCGCAAGAAGAGUGGGAUUAUAAAGUGACGGUCGCUUUCAUGGAGCUUUAUCAGGAACAACUCUACGAUUUAUUGGCUCAAAAACAGAGAAGUCAAUGUAUCGUGGACAUCCGGGAAGACGCGAAGAAUAUAAAAAUUGUAGGCCUUACGGAAAGACCUGUUUUAAACGCUAAGGAAACGUUACAGUGUUUGGCUGAGGGUUCUCUUUGUCGAGCGACUGGAGCGACUGCGAUGAACAGCCAAAGCAGUCGCAGUCACGCGAUAUUCACAAUAUCAGUUCACCAAGAGAAAAAAAAUGAUCCAACCAACGCAAGGACAGCAAAGUUCCAACUCGUUGAUCUGGCUGGCUCAGAGAGGAGUAAAAAGACUCAAGCUACUGGAGAGCGAUUCAAGGAAGGUGUAAAUAUAAAUAAAGGCCUCCUAGCUCUUGGAAAUGUAAUUUCACAACUAGGAGAGUGUGGCACGGCAUCUUAUGUUGGGUAUCGAGACAGCAAACUCACGAGGCUUUUGCAAGAUUCCCUCGGUGGAAACUCGAUGACGCUGAUGAUUGCUUGCGUGAGUCCUGCAGAUUACAAUCUCGAUGAAACUCUGAGCACUCUGAGAUACGCGGAUCGAGCCCGUAAGAUUAAGAACAAACCAGUGAUUAAUCAAGAUCCUCAAGUAGCCGAAAUAAAUCGCCUGAAGAAGGUAAUUCAAGACUUGAAGAGUUCGAGGUUAAGUCAAGAAAUUCAAGGUCUUGUCAGCUGUCCUCCUGAGCAUCAAGAAUUAGAGGAAAAGAAUCAGCUCAUGCAAAAGAAGUUGAGAGCUCUGACAGAGAAACUGAGUGCUCACUUGAUCGAGUUAGUUCACAUGCACGAGCGAGCAGAACUGGCGGAACAGUCGAGAGAGAAGUUUAAGUCUGCGAUGGUGAGCAUCUCCGAAGAGUGCAAAGAACUUAUGGAUCAGUUUGAAACGUCACCAGAAGACACAGAAGGACAUCAGAAGAAAUUGGAGUCUAUUCGGCUCAAAAUUCUUGAUCUGCAAAAGGACCAGAAGAAGACUGCUGAGGAACUUGUGAACCAUGAUUUAACUUCUGGUUCGCAAUCAUCGACAUCCCCGAUAACGGAGGACGAUGAAGGUGGAGACGCGAAUGAGACCUACGACCUGGACGAAAAGCAUGAAGAACACACUCUCCGACAAGCACAGACAAUCGACCAAGUGCAGACGAUAACGAGAGAGCUUGCCAUUAAAGAAGAGCUGGUCUCCAAGCUCCUUCAAAACGUUAACGAUGAGAUCGACCAAUCGCAUGCUGUUCGCGACAUGGAACUCGAAAUAAAUAAACUGCAGGCUGAAAAGGAGGAACUUCAGCAGCAAUUAAAUAAUGUGCAGAACAACAAAGCUGCCUCGCGAUUGGCAGAGACUCGGAGAAAAAAGGUCCAAGAGCUGGAGAAGAAAAUUGCGGAUAUGACCCGCAAGUGUUUGGAGCAGAACAAAGUUAUCAAGCAGAAGGAAAAGUCGGAUCAGCAGAUCAAGAACUUGGCGAACGAGAUUCAGUCCUUGAAGCAGACGAGAGUGAAAUUGAUUCGGCACAUGCGUACGGAGGCUGACCGGUUCAGCAAGUGGAAACUCUCCAGGGAGCGGGAACUUUCAAAGCUCAAGGAGCAGGAUAGGAAGCGAGUUAAUCAAAUGGCAAAACUCCAGACGCAAUAUACUAAACAGCAAAAUGUCAUGAAAAGAAAAAUGGAAGAGGCUCAUUCCGUCAAUAAGAGGCUGAAGGAUGCUUUGGAAAAGCAGAGAAAGGUUCAGCAAAAGAGGAACGAGAAAACGACUAAUAAAGACAGCAUCCAGUCAUGGGUUUCUCAAGAAAUGGAGGUUCUUCUCAGCACUGUGGAUGCGGAAUGUUCGUUGGAAAGAUUGAUGCAAGACAGAGCUCUUUUGGUUAAUCAAUUAAAGGGUCUCCGGGAUAAGAAGGACGAUUACGAACCAUCUGUGUUCCAGAAACAAGAAGGUGACCUCGUGGAAUUUAUCGAAUUGAGGAACACACAAAUUACUGACCUUCAACAGAAAAUAUUAGAGUCUGACCAAGAAAACCAGGCCAACAGUAGAUGGCAAAGUCUUAUAUCUAUUAGAGACGCAAAAAUUGCUCUCAAGAGUCUUUUUGACAUUACAGCCGAAGACAGGAAGAAACGCUAUGUGAUGAAUUGUGAGAUUGAUGAUUUGAAGGACGAAGUGGAGAAGUUGAAGAACUCAAUAAGAAAGCAGGAGAUUCGCGAAAAAGAGCAGAAGCUUAUUCCCUUGUACAAUUCUCCUGCGGUGGUGAAGAAAGACAAUAAGGAGCUGCUGGAACAGAUAGAAUAUUAUAAAAAUCGCUGCGAGCAACUGGAAAAAGAGGCAAUGGAAAAGUCAAUGGAGCACCAUUCCAAGAAGAAGAAGGCACCCAAGCCGAAGAGUUUGCUGGAAACUCCAGAUUAUAAUGCUAUCCUCUUAACCGACGAGAGCAUUGUUGAUGAUGACGUUGAGAAUGAUCCUGACUGGAUUAAAACACCUCUUUAUAAUCGCAUCCAAAAACUUAUGAACAAUACGAGAAAUAUACCUGUAGAAAAUCGCGGGGCUAUGAAAAGAUCGUCGGACGGCGAGAUCAAAUGUGCUUGUAAAACGAAAUGUUCGACUCGACUUUGCAGUUGUAGAAAGAACGAUCUUGCCUGCAGUAAUUGCAACUGCAAUCCAGAAAAUUGCCAAAAUAAGAGCGAAGAUAAUACCCGGCGUACCUUGUUCCCCGAUUUAUCUGCAAACGAUGAAGUAAAACGGCCACGGUUAAACAAGACGGAUCAGUCCAGUCCUGAAUCAGAUGCUAAUAACGAAUCAUUAUGAUUAUCGUCCACACCAGUAACCUGUAUAAUUUUGAAUCUCAAUUUUAUUAUUGUAUAUUAAGUAGCUUUAAUUCGUUUUUAUUAUUAAGAGGCUCUUAAAUAAUGAAGUACUAAUCUUUCGGCACUUGACUUAAAUUGUACAUUGGAAAAAAAACUUCUGUUUCAAUAUUGAAAGAGAUUCUUUUUUAAG